AUGGAAAAUGGACGAGCAAGCACAGUGUCUUUUGUAAGAAGACGCCGGCUACCAUGCCUACGCGGCGCAACUUGGCUCUAUCCCUUCAAGGGAAUCGCUUACUUUCUUCGGCAUCGCUUCCUCUGGCCGCUGCUUCAUGCUCGUCUUAUUCCCGUGGCGUUUCUCUCCGCCUUCGUCUACACGCUGCUCUUCUUCUUCACAUAUCUGCCGCAAGUCGCUUUUCUAGCCAUAUUUCACGGAUGGGCUCUUGCUUGGAUCAACGGCGCGUUCCUUGUCCUUGGUGAAGGAGCCGCCAUUGUAGCGCUUCUCUUCGAGGCUUUCUUCGUCGACGAGACCCAGGUGGACAUCUUCGACUCGGUUUUCAUCGAGAAGGGCAAUCAAGACCUUGUUGGGGAGACUCGACUUCUACAUCCUGAGGCAGCUGAUCCGGUGCAGAUGCUAGGAAAGCUAAGCAUGAAAGCCGUUUACGCGCCGUUUUCCUUGCGGCAGAUUGUCGAAUUCAUUGCGUUGCUGCCGUUGAACCUGAUCCCCGCGAUCGGAACGCCUCUCUUUCUUGUUCUUACCGGGUACAGAGCAGGACCGUUCCAUCACUGGAGAUACUUCCAGCUUAGAGACUUUAGCAAAGCUGACAGAAAGGAAUUUGUUGAGAGGAGGCAGUUGAGAUACACCAUGUUUGGCACGGUUGCGCUUUUAUUACAGUUGAUUCCUUUCUUCUCGAUGUUCUUCCUACUCACCACCGCCGUGGGUUCGGCCCUGUGGGCUGCAGAUAUGGAGCGGCGGCGACACCUGCUGGAUCAGCGCGUCGAUCGAGUUGAAGGAGAGUAUCACGAUAACCCAGUAUAG